AUGCUGGGCACUUUAGCUCGACUGGGUUUGGCUGCUCUAAACACCUAUCCUAAUACACCUUUUACUGGAAUCGUUUGGGCUCAAAUUGUCGGAUGUAUAAUUAUGGGAUUUGCGCAGACGGAAACUGUUUUCUUUCCUAGACCAAAACAUAAUGCAGUACUUUUACUAGCAAUCACCACUGGAUUUUGCGGUUCCUUAACUACGUUUUCCUCAUGGAUGCUGGAGAUGUUUACGGCCAUGGCUAAUCUGGAUCCGUUUCAACCCAGAGGACGAGGGGAUUCGUUUUUGGCUGUCGUUUCAACGUUCACUUUGACAAUAUCGAUGGCUUUUUCUUCAUUGUUGUUUGGAAAGCAGUUAGGAAAGUCAACAACCCAUUGGAAAAUUGGUGGUUUUCGACUCGCUCGAGCAAUUCCGAUGCAUACACACUUGAUUGUUCGAGGAUUACUCCUUCUCUUGGCUGUUGGAUUUUUCGUUGGUAUAUCUAUUUACACAGCUUAUACGAAAGAUAUUACUCACCGUGGUAUUGGUUUCAGCUUGAUAUUUUCUCCGUUUGGUGCAACUCUGCGAUUGUACCUUUCACGCUGGUUUAACUCGCCAAAGUACUACAUGCCCUAUGGAACAUUGAUGGCAAAUCUCUUGGGUACGCUACUCAUUGCUAUAGUAUACAUGAUUCCUCGCAUCACUCACUGUAGUCCCGUUUCCCAAAGCGUAUUGUAUGGAUUUCAAAACGGGUUUUGCGGUUGUUUGACAACUUUAUCUACGUUUGUGAAUGAACUUUAUAAUAUGCCUACAAAAAGAGCAUACAUUUAUUUUAUUUUGAGUGUUGCUAUUGGAUUUUCAUUUUGUGUUGUUAUUGAUGGCGCUACUGCAUGGGGACAUGGCUACAACGUCCGAUGA